AUGACCGUGGUGCCCGGGGACAACCUGGAUGAUACGGUGUCUCUGGCCCGGGACCGGUUCGCCCCGGACCCGAGUGGACCGCAGGACUGCUGCGAGCGGGUCGUCAUCAACGUGUCCGGUUUGCGCUUCGAGACGCAGCUGAAGACGCUCGCGCACUUCCCGUGCACGCUGCUUGGGAACCCAAGCACGCGGAUGCGCUUCUUCGACCCCCUCAGGAACGAGUACUUCUUCGACCGGAACCGACCCAGCUUCGAUGCCAUCCUUUACUACUAUCAGUCCGGGGGCCGGCUGCGCAGACCCGUGCAUGUGCCCGUGGAUAUCUUCAUGGAGGAGAUCAAGUUCUAUGAACUUGGGGAGGAGGUGCUCGAGAACUUCAAGGAGGACGAGGGCUUCAUCAAGGAGGAGGAGAAGCCGCUGCCGGAGCACGAGCUCCAGCGGCAGGUGUGGCUCCUGUUCGAGUACCCCGAGAGUUCCGGUCCCGCGCGGGGAAUCGCGAUCGUGUCCGUGCUCGUGAUCCUCAUCUCCAUAGUGAUCUUCUGUCUCGAGACGCUCCCGGAGUUCAGGGAGGAGGCGCGUGCACCGGACGACCACCUGCAGGGGAACGGGACCGCGCGCGGGACGAAGCCGAACCCGUUCACGGACCCGUUCUUCAUCGUGGAGACUCUGUGCAUCAUCUGGUUCUCCUUCGAGCUGCUCGUGCGCUUCCUGGCGUGCCCGAGCAAACCCGCGUUCUUCAAGAACAUCAUGAACACAAUCGACAUCGUGGCCAUCAUGCCGUACUUCAUCACCCUGGGGCUGGAGCUGGCGGAGCACCAGGGCAACGGGCAGCAGGCCAUGUCCCUGGCCAUCCUGAGGGUCAUCCGCCUGGUGCGGGUCUUCAGGAUCUUCAAGCUCUCCAGACACUCCAAGGGGCUCCAGAUCCUGGGCCAGACCCUGAAGGCCAGCAUGCGGGAGCUGGGCCUGCUCAUCUUCUUCCUCUUCAUCGGGGUCAUCCUCUUCUCCAGCGCCGUGUACUUCGCGGAGACCGACGACCCGGACUCGGGGUUCAGCAGCAUCCCGGACGCCUUCUGGUGGGCGGUGGUCUCCAUGACCACGGUGGGCUACGGGGACAUGUGUCCUGUCACCAUCGGGGGGAAGAUCGUGGGCUCGCUGUGCGCCAUCGCCGGGGUCCUCACCAUCGCGCUGCCGGUUCCGGUCAUCGUGUCCAACUUCAACUACUUCUACCACCGGGACACGGAGCACGAGGAGCAGCUGCGGUACACGCACGUGACCUGCGGGCAGCGGGAGGUCCAGAGGAGCGACCCGUCCCUGUGCAGGUCCGCGGACCACCUGGACAGCGGGGACCCCCUGGACAGCGAGGACCACCUGGACAGCGGGGACCUGGACUCCAUCAAACACACCAACUGCAGCCCGCACAGGGCGUGCACGGGCAAGUUCACCGACGUGUGA